AUGUUACUAUGCGACUCACAGAGAGUGCUGUUGUCUCUUCUACUGGUAUCUCCGGAGGAAGGUUUGGAACAACCGCCUUUCUACUACCUGGCGCUUGCGUUACUUGCCGCCGGACUGAUGGUGUGUGCCACCGCUGCUAUGGGCUGUUGGGCGACGUAUAUGCCGGGGUAUAUCAUCCUCACAAUGUACUUCCUAAUAGUCAUGUCGUUACUAUUGUGCGAGUGUGCCGGUGGGGUAAUAGCGGCUGUAUGGCCGCGUUGCCUGGGCUUACAGAACGCUCGCGGCGGCGCUGUAGGAGCGCUACAAGCAUACUACGCAUUGCCAGAUUAUGAACAAUUCACAGCGGCCGUCGAUUUAGCACAAACACAGUUGGAGUGUUGCGGCAUGUCUGACGGCCACAACUACGACAUGUCCGCGUGGCAGCUGCGCCGGCUGGGCCCGCGCGGGCUGGCCGUGCCGCCCUCGUGCUGCGUGCAGCGGCCGCCCGCAUCGCACCUGAGCCCCGCGCCCGCCAACCACUCCCGCUGCCAGGAGGUGCAGCCGGAGCCGACCUAUCGACACAUACAGGGAUGUCUCACAAUUCUCGAAGAUUGGUACCAAGAGCAAUAUUUAUUUUUCAUGCUAGCUUUAUUUAUAGCGGCUCUCAUAAAAUUUGGCAUCCUUUUGAGUACUGUGUUUUCUUGCAUUCGUAUUAAAAAACGUAGAAGAAACAUUCACGCUUACGUCAUGAAAGCAGUUGACAAUAGCACAAAUCAGAAUAUUUAUGAAAGCAAAAUAAGUGCAAUGCACGAAGAGCCAAUAACAGCGAGAUACAUUCAACCGAACAACUUCUACAGCCCGCGCGUGCGCAACCCCAGAAUUUUCCACAGUAAACCUAAUGAAAUGAUAUGAGAAUUAGCUUCGGAGAUAAAUGCUUUAGAGAGGAAACUAGAAAAGUUCUCCGAUUACUUGUACAAACACCAGGCCGAUUCCAUAAUGUGGUAGCAUUUGAUGUGCACAAAUGCAUAGAAAUGAGCAGUUUUAGUACACAUUUAUGCUGUAGGGUUCAAGUCAUGAGAAACUUCAUGAAAAUUGAUGACGAAUAAAUCAUACUAAGGUUGCAUGACUUACAAACAUACAGCAUAUUUCCCGUUUCUCUACUAUUUUUAACGUGUCACACUGACAGAAACAAUAACAGGAUUAGGCCGGCGCACUGACUGAAGAUUAAAUGCAAAAGCUUUUUUAACUGAAUCGUAUUGUAACUUUAAAAAAUAACAGACCCAACGAGAUCGACCUUUCUGCGAUUGAUCAAUGAAUAAAAUUUUAUGUAAACAGGAAGGAAUUGAAGAACAAAUGAGAUGCUUGUAUGUUGCUAAGUGAAAACGCUGAAAACUAUACAUACAGACUUAAAUGUCAACCUAACAGAGUUGCAAGAUAUUGUGCCAUAAAAUGAUACGACCUCAGUUCACACCGAUUUUUCCAGGACUUGAAUUCAUGAGAAAUUUAUAUUAAUCCAGUUUUACGUCUCGGUUACUGCUUCAUAUCUCUGAAGCGUUUACUCCGUUAAGAUAUACAUAUUUACUUAGUGAAUGAUUGAAGAAAUUACUUAAUUAUAUAAGUGAUUUGCGUAUUAUUGUUGUAAAUAACUAUAAAGCGUUCGUUCAUGUUAUGUUAAUAAUUCUAAAUUCAAGUAACAGAAUUUGGGAACGAAAUGAAAAAUAAACGAAAUGUUUCAAUAUUAUGUAAUAUUAUUUUAAAAGAAUGUUCAAAAAUUGGUCCUAAAGUUAAAACAUUGUUAACAAUGACUCUGGAAUGUUGUUAUCAUAAACAAAUCUUUAGUUUAAACAGAGAGCGGAGCUUUAGCAGUCACUUAGGAGAAUAUUAUAAUUUACAUCAUCCUGAUACAUUUUGUAAUCGUUGAAAACAUCUACCUUUUCAAAUAAGUUUCUUCAUGAAUCCAUACGCUUUUUAUAUUAGCCUUUUAACAAAACAGUUGAAUGCAUAUCAGGAUGAAUUAAAUUAAAACAUUAGUGUUGUUUAACAACAAUAUUUCAUUUAAUAGAUCUAUCAGAUGUCAUAUAUAAACAUUAUACGCAGAAAAUUAAUAUUCUACGAUAAUUUUGAAGUGAAACUUUAAAAAAUAUAUGAAAAUCAACACCCUACAUAUUCCAGAAUCCCUUAUACCCCUCCCAAAAUGAUACAUGAGAUCCUAACAAUAACAAUAAUCUAUAUCUUUAUAAUAAUUGAUUCUAUAUUAGCUAUUGACCAUUGAGACCGACAUCACAGUAAAACUACUAUCUUAGGUACAGGAAUGAUUCUAAAUAAAUCAUAAAAUUUACAUUUUUACUUAAUUAAAUUAUUUAAAUAAUUGGAUAAUCCCCAGGCGGAGAGACAUAAAUAGCAAUAGUACAGUUCUGACAUAGCAAAGAAACAAUAGAUGGAAGAUAUAAACAUGUUAUCACUAAUACUAUAUCAUUGUCUCAAUAUUUCAUUUCACUUUUAAUAUAUCGCUUUAUAAAAUGUAUUUUGUGCUAAUAAUUUUAUAGACUACUAGAAUGUCUCAAAUAAAUAUACAUUACAUUAGUAUCAAUAUAAUCUGCGAUCAGAUCGUGUUAGUUGUCUGUCUGUAACUGCCUCUAGGAUCUUGUCAAUGUUACAUUAAUAAUAUUUAUCCAACAUCUUAAAGUACAAUAAAAAUAUUUACAAAAGAAGUAUUAACAAUCUUAAUAGCUAUAAAUACUAUGAAAUGGAUAUUUUUACAAUAAAUACUCUAUAAAACAAUGUGAUCGAAAUUACAAUAAAGACAUCGGAAGUUUUUAUUUAAUAUUCAAAUACUUCGUACUUAUACGUCCACUUAUAGCCACACUAAAUUCUUGUUUGAUAACUUUGGUCAUUACAUGAUUUAUAUUGGUCAAUCUUAUAUUUGCAAAUAAUAGUUCAGUCAUUGUGAGAACUAAAUUGGUUUUUAAUAACUACCAACUAUGUUCCUAAAUGUUACUGUAAAAAUGAUGUACAAGUAAUUUAACAUUUUUGUGUGACCUGAUGAAAUUUUUGUACAUACAUUCAAUGAUAAAUACAAAAUGCCCCAAAUCUAUAGUAUGGAUUAACUCACACCAAGCUGAACAUAACAUGCAAAACUGGAAGAGUACACUUUAUGUAAUCCGCUGAACUCACUUUUACAUACUCUUUGCAGCUGUGUAUAAGGUGUAAUAUUAUUAUAUGCCAGGACCUCAUUGGGUGGCUGAGUUAAAUAUACCGGACAACUUUUAUUAUGCGAGCAACACUGAACACAAAAAACUGUUUAUCACAAAAUGGUAAUACCAACAAUAGCUUACAGUAUGUAACGGCUGAUAUGAAUAUACUGUAUGAAUUUUUUUGUGAAUUCAAUAUUGCUCCCAUAGUAAAAGUUGUUCAGCAUACUCAAUUCAUCCACCCCACGAUGUCCUGGCACAUAAUUAUAUUACACCUUAUGUAUAUCAGCAUAAGUUUCAUAAUUACUAUAAUUUGAAAAUCAACUAAACACCGCUUAGCGUGAGCUGAUCCUUAGUCUUUGCCUGAAUCUCCAAAAUGACCAAACUACAAAGAUCCCUAAGCGAAAAGAUACACAUCAGUCCGUAUAAGACGUGUUUAUAUUAGAACAAUUCAAUAAUACAAGACAAAACACUGUCGUUCUAACGUCAUCCAUAAACAGAUCGAUGGUAGAAGAUCAUUUGAAUGUAUAAAACGAGCCACGGUUUCCGUAUUAUCAACAAGUCUAGUUUUUUAUUAUUCCAAUGCAAUACUGAUAUCAUGAUGAAAUAUGUAACAUUACAUUCACAUUAAAAUGUGAAUAACUUAAGUAUUGUAAUAAAAUACUGAAACACUGACCGAUUUAAGUAUAAUAUACAAGUAGACUUUCUUCUAGCUACACUAUAGAAAAUUGUCAGAAUUAUUCAUAAUCUGCACAUUUGAUAGAUUACCAUAUGCAUUAGAUGUUAAAAGCAUUGUAUUGAUAUUUUUUUCUUAUCACAUGUUGACAUCGAUCGAAUAAAAUUCAUUCAAAUCCUUUACAAAGAUAUCCCCCUAGUGCUGUUAGUUGCAAUGCAAUUGGAUAAUUGUACUCGCGCAAACUUGCACACAAUACUAGCGGCGGAUCUGAAGCUAUUGGGUAUUCUGUACCGAUCAAAUAAUCUUAUGAAUCAAUAGAUAAGCUUACGGACAUCUUAUGUACAACAUUAGGAGAUAUUGCAACUAACACACAUAAAGGUUUACGCUGGCGCACAUACUUUUUUACAAUAUCGCACGUGGCGAAGCCAUCGAUGCCAUCAUCGCCACUAAAUGGCAGUACAUCAGGAUCGAAACGGUUCUGCACCGUGCCGAUCCGCACAAAAGAAUCCAACCGUGAUCAUAGAUCAUCCUUUAUAGUAUAUCGUUCAAAAACGAAUUGUCUAAAGAGUUGAGGAGUUCCUGCGCGGUGAGAUUGCUCGCGUCGGUGGAAGGCAUGUUGUCUAGGAAGUCUAAGUUGAAAUCGGCCGCUUGGCCGCCGAAGGAAGACGCGUUGUGGAUAGUGAAUGGAGACUGAUUACCUGGCAUCAUGGCGCCGCCGCCGCCAGGCAUGCCAGUGUGCAGGCCAGACUGGCCCAUGCCGCCGCCUUGCAUCGACAUACUCUGAGAUUGCGACAUAUGGAUAUUCGCCAUCUGAAAAUUAAAUAUUUACCUUCGUGGGAGAAAAAAAAACAAAAAAAUAUACAACCGAGAUAACUUACGCGAUAAGCAGUCAAAAAUGUUAGUUCCCUAUAAUAAUACUAUUGACCCCGCAAAUGUUAUUUUGCCAUAUACAUCUGUACGGGAUCACAUUUAUCAUUUAGGAGUAUGAGAAAUAGAUAACAACCUAUUCUCAGACCUACUGAAUAUACAUGUAAAAUUUCAUCAAAAUCGGCAAGCCGUUUCGAAGGAGUAUAAAUAAGAUAAUUUUAUAUAUUAGAUUACCUAUAAAGAAAAAAAGUUUUUUUUGCAUUGAAUAGGCUCCGAAAGUACUGAACCGAUUUUAAAAAUACUUUCACCCACAAGAUAUGCGGGUGACAUAUGCAAAUAAUUUACGCGGGAAAACAGCUAGUACUUUAUUAAAUAACAGUUUUUUUUUUAAUUAAUCUGUGGUUUUAAAUAGCGAAAAUAUGUAUAUAUGACGUCACUAAGUCAUGUAAACAACGUUUAAUAUUCAAUUUUUUUACUACCACAUACUACAAUAACAGGCUAACAUAAAUUAUACAACAUACCUGUCCUUGCACGUUCAUCAUCUGAUUCUGUUGCAUAAUGAGAUGAGACAUUGACGACUGUUGCUGGUUCGAUGCCCUGCAAUUGAAAUAUUAUAUUAAUAACGUAACGAAUGUGAUUUUAAUAAAAAAAUAAACGAACAAGAAAGAGUCACGCACUAUCAUUGAUAAAGCCAAACUUGCUUAACAACACAAAUCACCGUGCAAUAAAAAUAACAACGACACUUGUUUGCAUCACUCGUCGACCUUGUUUGUUAUACAUAGUUGCGCAAUAACCCCCUGACGGUAAAGUCUCCGAUACAAUAACAUCUAUUAUAAGUGCACUCAACAUUAAUAGGGAAAUAUAGAACACAAAUACAUAGGAA